AUGGCAUCUGCAAAGCUGGUGUCGUUUAAAUAUGGGGAAAUCCCAGUCGGUGCAAUCAAGCCACGCGGAUGGGUGAAAGAUCAACUUCGACUGGCAGCUGAUGGGCUAGCUGGCCACAUGUUCGAAUUCUACCGCUAUGUCAAGAACAGCUCCUGGCUCGGUGGCUCGGAAGAGUAUAGUGAGCUGAACGAAGCAGCUCCCUACUGGUACAACGGAAUUGUGCCGUUGGCAUACACCCUGAACGAUGAGCGACUCAAAGCCCAAGCGAGUCAGUUUCUUGACUACGUGAUCACUCACCAGGCUGACGAUGGCUGGUUGGGUCCUGAAACCACCAAAGAAACCCGAGGGCUGUGGGCGCGAUGUCUUCUGCUUCUUGGUAUGGCUGCUCACGCGCAGGCUGAGCCGGGACGCAGGGAUGAAAUUAUCAAUUCUAUGCUGCGAUUUACCCGUCUGGCGCAUAUAAUGAUCCAAAAUGAUUAUCAGGGAUAUCUGUCACAUGAGGGAGAUCGCUUUGAUCCGCUCAAGUUUGGGCUGGCCCGGGCUCAUGAACUUUCCACCACCCUCCAGUGGCUCUACGAGAAUGUAGCCGAGGAGAACCGAUCGGUUAUCUGGGAUACUAUGGACUUGAUGUGGACAGGGGCUGAGAUCGGUGGUCGUGACUGGUCCAAGUUCUUUGUCCCAGGAGCGUUUCCUACCUCAGCGUCUAUUAAACCUCAGCCUAAUUUCCAACAUGGAAUCAACGUGGCUCAAGGUUAG